AACACAAUCAUAGUGCAGUAAUAAAUGAUUUCAGCAAAGGCCCUCACAUGUUCUAUCUUUCGAUUGUGUAAUGUCGUUUAUAAACCGAAUGCUCACACCAUCCGGCGAGGCCGUGGUGUGGUAUGCUGGGAACGCUGUGUUGUCAAAAAUGCCGGGAACAGGUAUUUAAGUACAUAGUUUCUAUGUCUGUUUUGAAUAGUCACUAUAAUGUUAAACCUGAUAGGUGUUAAAUGGUGAAGACUCUGUGUUUUAAUUAUCAGCAUGAUAUAAAGAAACGGUGUACAAAUACUGAGCCUGAUAUACGGAAUAAAGGGUCGAUUACUGAGCGUGUUCUAAUACUGAGCCUGAUAUAAGGAGUCGGUGUUCUAAUACUGAGCCUGAUAUAAGGAGUCAGUGUUCUAAUACUGAGUCUGAUAUAAGGAGUCAGUGUUCUUAUACUCAGCCUGUUAUAAGGAGUCAGUGUUCUUAUACUCAGCCUGUUAUAAGGAGUCAGUGUUCUAAUACUGAGCCUGAUAUAAGGAGUCAGUGUUUUUAUACUCAGCCUGUUAUAAGGAGUCAGUGUUCUUAUACUCAGCCUGUUAUAAGGAGUCAGUGUUCUAAUACUGAGCCUGAUAUAAGGAAUCAGUGUUCUAAUACUGAGCCUGAUAUAAGGAAUAAGUGUUCUAAUACUGAGCCUGAUAUAAGGAGUCAGUGCUCUAAUACUGAGCCUGAUAUAAGGAGUCAGUGUUCUUAUACUCAGCCUGAUAUAAGGAGUCAGUGUUUUUAUACUCAGCCUGUUAUAAGGAGUCAGUGUUCUUAUACUCAGCCUGUUAUAAGGAGUCAGUGUUCUAAUACUGAGCCUGAUAUAAGGAAUCAGUGUUCUAAUACUGAGCCUUAUAUAAGGAAUGAGUGUUCUAAUACUGAGCCUGAUAUAAGGAGUCGGUGUUCUUAUACUCAGCCUGAUAUAAGGAGUCAGUGCUCUAAUACUGAGCCUGAUAUAAGGAAUGAGUGUUCUAUUCAUACUGAGCCUGAUAUAAUGAGUCAGUGCUCUAAUACUGAGCCUGAUAUAAGGAACGAGUGUUAUAUUCAUACUCAGCCUGAUUAAAGGAGUCAGUGUUCUUAUACUCAGCCUGUUAUAAUGAGUCAUAGCUCUAAUACUGAGUCUGAUAUAAGCAAUCAGUGCUCUAAUAAUGAGCCUGAUAUAAGUAGUCAGUUGUCUAAAACUCAGCCUGAUAAAAGGAAUAAGAGUUCUAAUACUGGGCCUGAUAUAAUGAGUCAGCGUUCUAAUACUCAGUCUUAUGUAAGGAGUCAGUGUUCUAAUAAUUAUCCCGUUAUAAGGAAUAAGUGUUAUAAUAAUGAGCCUGAUAUAAGGAGUCAGUGUUCUAAUACUGAGCCUGAUAUAAUGAGUCAGUGUUCUAAUACUGAGCCUGAUAUAAGGAGUCGGUGUUCUUAUACUGAGCCUGAUAUAAGGAGUCGGUGUUCUUAUACUGAGCCUGAUAUAAGGAGUCGGUGUUCUUAUACUGAGCCUGAUAUAAGGAGUCGGUGUUCUUAUACUGAGCCUGAUAUAAGGAGUCAGUGUUCUAAUACUGAGCCUGAUAUAAGGAGUCAGUGCUCUAAUACUGAGCCUGAUAUAAGGAAUGGGUGUUAUAUUCAUACUGAGCCUGAUAUAAUGAGUCAGUGCUCUAAUACUGAGCCUAAUAUAAGGAAUGGGUGUUCUAUUCAUACUAAGCCUGAUAUAAGGAGUCGGUGUUCUUAUACUCAGCCUGUUAUAAGGAGUCAGUGUUCAAAUACUCAGCCUCAUAUAAGGAGUCAGUGUUCUAAUACUGAGCCUGAUAUAAGGAGUCAGUGUUCUAAUACUGAGCCUGAUAUAAGGAGUCGGUGUUCUUAUACUCAGCCUCAUAUAAGGAGUCAGUGUUCUAAUACUCAGCCUCAUAUAAGGAGUCAGUGUUCUAAUACUCAGCCUCAUAUAAGGAGUCAGUGUUCUAAUACUGAGCCUCAUAUAAGGAGUCAGUGUUCUAAUACUCAGCCUCAUAUAAGGAGUCAGUGUUCUAAUACUGAGCCUUUAAUAAGGAUUAGGUGUUAGUAUAAUUAGCCUGAUAUAAGGAGUCAAUGUUCUAAUACUGAGCCUGAUAUAAGGAGUCAGUGUUCUAAUUGUCAACCUGAUAUAAGGAGUCAGUUUUCUAAUGCUGAACCUGAUAUAAAGAUAAGUGUUCCCAUACUGAGCCUGAUAUAAGGAAUAAGUGUUCUGAUAUAUAGCCUUUUAUAAGAAAUCAGUUUUCUUAUACAGAACCAGAUAUACGGUAUCACUGUUCAUGUAAACACGUGUUGACAAGAAAAGUUAUUUAAUCGUCUUGUAAGGUUAUACUUGUCGGUGCUACUACUUAUCAAUAUUAUAUUGAGUAUUUGUUCAUUUUGUUUCAAACCGUCAACAACGCACACGAAUGAAUGGAAGUUGUCAUCACAUACCGGCCACAUACACCACACCGUACGUGCGGCUCGUGAUGAUUGGAUUUCUUUCGUGGAUACGAGGCAUCCCGGUGUUCUCUUAAUAUCAGGGCAUAGGCGAUUAUCUUCAGGAUACACAAAAUGCUGUCUGACGUCACAUUAACAGGUUUCGGGAUGCACAUCUGUAUGACGUUACAGGUUGUCGUUUCAAGGGUGACAACUCGUAUGGGCUCCACAAGCAAUAAAGAAAGUGUCAACUGUCCCUGAUUCUACCCACAUACAUCGCCAACCCGGCUGCACUAGAUAUUCUACUGGGUUACUGAGGGGUCUCCGAUCACGCACUCGGAGAUUUACGUAAGUUCACGAACACUGAGGUCCACACCGAGGCCAAACCGCUCCACCUUGAUGCUUUACUGACUGGUCAGAUCCUGUCAGUAGGACUCCAUCACAUGACAGACGGACGGAGUUUCCUGUAGAUAGCCCCACGAACUUCAGCUCAACAACCUUGAACAUACACUGAACAAAACUAUGUCAUACUAACCUACAUUUGAUUUCUUUUUAGAAAACGAUUGUCGAUUUCGUGGAAUUGAUGAUAUUAUCAAAAUGGCCCGCGUACCUAUAUAUAUCGAACGCUACACCGAGCGUGACCGCCGGGGCAUGCGGAUAAUAACUUUGGCUUUCAAGGUAUACACACUAGGAAGUCACGCCACCUGUGUGCAAGGUAUACACACUAGGAAGUCACGCCACCUGUGUGCUGCAGGUAUACACAAUAGGAAGUCACGCCACCUGUGUGCUGCAGGUAUACACACUAGGAAGUCACGCCACCUGUGUGCAAGGUAUACACACUAGGAAGUCGCGCCACCUGUGUGCUGCAGAUAUACACACUAGGAAGUCACGCCACCUGUGUGCUGCAGGUAUACACACUAGGAAGUCACGCCACCGGUGUGUUAGGUAUGCACACUAGGAAGUCACGCCACCUGUGUGCUGCUCCUGCUGCUCGGGGAGGAUAAAACAUCAAGAAGCAUGGAAAAUGCAGAGAAGCAAUUUGGCUCUCUUUUCUGACAAACUCCUCGCAGCGGUUAUCUCCCCACGGCCACUAUCGAUAACCACUAACAUUACAAGAAAAUCCACCCAGAUAUUGAAUGAUUUUUUAUGCGAUACACUUGAAAUGUGAACGUGGAAUAUUGAUAUGCAUGCUGGGACAACUUGGAUCGCUGUGCUAUAAAAACAAAUUCAGGUUACAACCUGGACACGUGACAUUGACAACAGCAACAUCACACAGUAAUAGCUAAGCACAGAUUAUUGCUAUUGGAUGCACAGGAGCCCACUAAGCUUCGCGCAGGAUAAUCAGGAAGGUCAGCAUUGAACGCGGGAGUGCACAGCAGGUAUAGACCGGACAUUAUAAGACUACUACCAUGACUGUUGAAGAUCUUGAGACAGGUCUGAGAGAGCAAUGUGCAUACUGCAAAGCAAGGUGCAACAGUGCCCUGAGCCCGAAUCGUGCCGUCACCAUCUGCACAUGCAUUGUGACGCUUGUAGCGGUGGCGGUGGUGGGUGCUCUCCUCCUCCGAACGGGCUCUGAUAUCCGGCAGUGUACAACACUGAUAAACAGAAUGCAACACGAUUUACGAAAGGCGCAAUUCAAAAUAAGAAGUCUUGAGACUGGCUUAAAAAAUGUUCAGAUUAAAAGUACUUUAAACGAUCUCAAACAUAAAAUAGUAUCAGAAAGUGACCGUAGUUACAUGUUACUCAAUGAGCUGAUCGUUGCAAUAAACGACGAUGGUGAAAGUGAAAGUGCGGAAGCAAGCGAUAAAGAAUACGAUAAUCUUGCAGUGCCGUCUAGUAUAUCCGUGAAGAGUCCAAAGAAUAACGACUCGUCGGGUCGUAUGAGAGAACCUUUCUUUGCUGAAAAGACUGGGUACGACGAUUCAAAAGAUUUCCUGACGCGCUUAUUAUUACGCCAAAAGCGAUCUGAUGCAGUGUCCAGUGCAAGAAACCCACAGGCGGAACGACCAAAGGUAACCAAAACCCAGGGUGACAAGGGAAAGAAGAAUGGAAAAAACAAGAAACAGAUGCGGCUGCCAGCUAUACAGUUAGUGGGUGGGGGUCCAGUCAGCCCCAGACAAGACAAAACAGAUCUGAAAGGGCUCUGGCACCUGGACUUGGUGAACCCAGACUUGGCGACCUCAGGCGUUUUAAAGAAUGCCUAUCAGGCCAACAACGAUGGGAGGAUUCAUAUCGCCAAGAGUGGAGUCUACCUCAUGUAUGCCCAGAUUACGCUCACUCACCAGAACAAGAUAGGUUAUCAUGUGUUGAGAGGCACCCAGGACCAGCGGGAAAUCCUCACCACGUGCACGCACAUCACCAGCUAUAUCCGGCCCAGCAGUGAGACCACCGACGACAGGCCGGAUCCUGCGUCAUGCACCACCAUCAAAAUAGUCAAGCUUUACGAGAAUGAUAAAGUUUUUAUUGAAGAGAUCCCAUCAAAUACUGCAGCCAAUUAUUCCAAGACAACUAGCUUCUUUGGAUUAAUAAAAAUUGACGACAUCCAAUGAACUAAAUAAAAGAAACACCAUUUUAUUCCUGGGUACACCUGAGCACAAUGGUUUUGCGGGACACAAUUCUGUUAGUUUAUUGACGUCUAUUCUUUCAAAUGGCAUUCAUACAACAUGACUAUAGAGGCUUGGAAAGUUGGAAACGUUGCUUUGGUUGCAAGUUUUGAUUUGUUGUAUGUGAAACAUGUUCAUCCACGUAUGCGUUCAGUGUUUGUUAGCUUCGUGUUUGCAAUCGUGAUACAUCGACUAUCUUCGCAAUCCUCGAAAUUAAGCAAUAAAUCGUUUGCUGAUUCAGAGUGCCGUGUUUGAUGAAUUCGGUUUGUCGUUAUACGCUGUAUCGUCUGGACUAGCUGUACAGUGACCACUUGUAGACGACAGUUUGAAGACAGGCAAAACUGUAGUAGAGGGCGGAAUCUGUUAAACGCGUGUCCAUUUUCAGUACAAUUGGAAGGUGUGUUUUGUUAUUUUUUAAGCAUAUGCUAACCCAUGUAUACAUAAAGUAGUACGUUUUUCAUUAUUAUUUUAUCAAUGUCUCUCUCUUGGUCUUUGGAGAAAUAUAGGUGUUACAGGUAUAAUAUUUAGGCUAUUAGCAACAUUUUUAAAUUGGUGAUUAUGUUUGCCAUUCUGCAUAAUAAUAUUAUUUAUAUACGCUUAUGUGUGUAUAAGUUGUUUGAGAUGAGUAUCGAUCGCAUUUAAAGGGGCCUUUUUAAGUUUUGGUAAAGUAACACAAUUAAAAAAUAUAUUUUUCAGAUUAUCACAUUUUCCGUGCAGAUAUGAUAUUUGUGAGGAAACAGUUAUACUGAACAUUUACCGUGCUCUAAAAUAUCCAUUUUAUUUUUUUUAAUAAUUAUAUUUAUCAAUAUAAAUCAUUUAAUGUAAAACUUCAGUACAUGCCAAAAUCUGUAAAAAGGUCCCUUUAACAAACUUAAAAGACAAGCUAGGGGAUGUUAUCUUUGGUAUGUAAAGCUGUUGUUAACUUUUAAUCUCAUGUUGCGUAGGGUUUUAUUAAUACAUUAAUGUACAUAUAUGCCGGUUUAUUAUUUCUUAUCAUUAUGUUCAUUGAAAUCUAAGCAUUCACAUGCUCGACCAUAUAUAAACUGCAGUAGUUUUGAAAAUGCGUAAUCUUUGGUAUUUACCUUUCAUGUGCAUGUGUAUUACUAUGUCUGUGUCAUUGUUUGCCAAUAUUGACAAUGUGCAAUAUUAAAAGAUUUUGUUUUGUA